AUGGCAUCUCUGGAGGAGCUUCACGAUCGCCUGACGAAAGGACAAGAUGUUCUGGUCGACUUACGGCAGAUGAUUGACCGCCUCGCCGGCAGAAGCAGCGAUGCGCAGAGACGCAGGAGCAGUAGCAGCAGCUUCCACAAUGACGACUACGACACAACAAACCCCACUCCAACAGGCGACCUCUUCCUCUACCUCGACAAGGAGGCUUCUGAUGAGCUUGUCAAUGACAUCGCCGACACGCUGCGCGAUGCCCAAGACGAGUUCGACCUGCUCCGCGAAGACGCCGUCGACCUGGGCGUGCUUGCAGCGGAACCAGCAUCGCACGCGACGACCGACAACGACGAGUCGUCCGAGACGCCCUCCCCCGCCGCCUCCGGCGUCAACCGCACACUGCGCCCCUUCCGUGCCUCCCUGCGAGGGACCAGCGCCACCAGCGCCGGCAGUGGCGGCAUGAGCGCGUCGUUUACCGGGGACGACGCGACGGCUGUGGAUGAGCAGCACCUGAAGCGGGGCGUGAUGCGUCUCGGCGAGGGUCUGGCCACCGCACGCAAGGCAUUCCGUGCGGCCCAGCUCGCCGCCCACCGCAACCGCGAAGCUGCCCAGCGCCAGCAGCACCGCCUGAUCCUGGCGUCCUACAUUGAGGAGGAGGACGACGACGAGGACGGGGACAGCGAGGUGGAGGGGUACGACGACGAGGUUGAGGAUGCGGAUGCGCAUACCCAUGCCAACCAGAAGGGCGACCGCGAUCGCUCGCAUUCGCGCGCCCGGCGCCCCCUGCUGUCGAAACACACCUCCCCCACCACCUCGGCCGCGGCCGACGUCACGGCCGCCCUCCGCCAGACCCAUGCCCGUAUCGCCGGCGAGGUCGCCCGCUCCGACUUUGCCGCCCAGACACUGGCCGAGAGCUCGCGCGCGCUCGCCGAGCUCGGCGACAAGUACGGCAGCGGCGGCAGCACGGGCCCCGGCGGGGUCGGGGGCGGCGACAUCGGCGCGUCGCUCAAGUCGGCGCGCACGCUCGUCAAGGGCCUCGUGGCCGCGCACAAGAGCGACACGUGGUACCUGCAGACGGCGCUCUACAUGGUGGUGGCCACGAUGGGGUGGCUGCUGUUCCGGCGGCUGCUGUACGGCCCGCUGUGGCUGCUGGUCUGGUGGCCGGUGCGGACGGUGUUUGGCACGGCGGCGCUGGUGGGCCGAGCAGGGUCGUCCGUGGCAGGCGUCGGCAGCAACAAGCACGGUGCCGGUUCUUCCGCAAUGAGUAGGAGCGAAAACAGGGUCAGCGCGAGCAUCGUGACGACGACAAGUGUGGCGGCCGAGGUGCACGCAACCGACCCGGCGCGGGCCGCCUCAUCGGACUCGCUCGUGGACGAGGUGGGCCGUAUGGUCGACGAGGCCGCAGAGGCGGGCGCUGCGCCGACGGGCGAGGCCGGCUCUGCCGCGGAUGAGGCCGUGCAGCCCAACCCCAAGAAGCGCAUGUGGGAAGAGCCCGUCGAGGCGGCCAAGCACGAGGCUGAACUACAAAAGGAGCGGGACGAAAAGGACGCCAAGGAAAAGGACACGGGCAAGGGCAAGGGCAAGGAGCCUGCCGACGGCGAGCGCAAGAAGGACGAGCUGUAA